AUGUUCAUGUUCAUCCAACUUGCUUCCGACACGUGUCAUGAUCUCGUUCGAAGAUACAGCCGACUUGUUCGACUGUUAAUCGCUUCACAGUUUUCUGCUGAGCAUUUCUCGUUGCUUCUCCUCCCAAAUUUCUCUUGGAAGCUCGCAUUUUCAUAUCUGGAGUGCACUUCUUCUGAGCUGAUCGCGGAAUCAGUUUCUCAUCAGACACCGUUUGUAAAGAUGACAAUUACACCAAAGAUCUCCAUUGAUGGUGCAAACCUUGUAGUCCAUGGGAAAACCGUACUUAAAAACGUACCAGAAAACAUCGUGCUGACCCCAGGAACAGGGUCAGGACUUGUAACAGGUGCAUUCAUUGGUGCAACAUCUUCAAAUACCAAAAGUCUCCAUGUGUUUCCUGUUGGAGUCCUAGAGGAUCUUCGGUUUAUGUGUUGUUUCCGUUUCAAGCUAUGGUGGAUGACUCAGCGAAUGGGAACAUGUGGAAAAGAUAUUCCUCUAGAGACUCAAUUUAUGCUUGUUGAAAGCAAAGACAACAAUGACAAUAGUCCCACAAUCUAUACCGUAUUCCUUCCUCUUUUGGAAGGCCAGUUCAGAGCUGUUCUUCAAGGGAAUGAUAAGAAUGAACUAGAGAUUUGCCUCGAGAGUGGGGAUCAUGCAGUUGAAACCAAUCAAGGGCUCAGCCUUGUCUACAUGAAUGCUGGAACAAACCCUUUUGAGGUCAUCACACAGGCUUUAAAGGCUGUUGAGAACCAUAUGCAAACAUUUCAUCAUCGGGAGAAGAAAAAGUUACCCGAAUUUAUCGACUGGUUUGGUUGGUGCACAUGGGAUGCUUUCUACACCGAUGUCACUGCAGAGGGUGUUGAAGAAGGCCUCAAAAGUUUAUCAUCAGGAGGGACUCCACCCCGCUUCCUCAUCAUAGACGAUGGUUGGCAGCAAAUUGGUAACGAAAACAAGGACCCCAACAUCGUUGUCCAAGAAGGAGCACAGUUUGCAAACAGACUAACAGGAAUCAAAGAGAACGAGAAAUUUCAAAAGAAGAAAGACGAUCACCCCCCAGGCUUAAAGCACGUGGUAGACGAAGCAAAAGAACAUCAUAAUGUUAAAUACGUAUACGUCUGGCAUGCUUUAGCAGGCUACUGGGGUGGUGUAAAUCCAACCGUAGCCGGAAUGGAACAUUACGACCCAACUCUGGCAUACCCGAUUCAAUCCCCGGGUGUAAAAGGAAACCAACCAGACAUUGUCAUGGACAGCCUUGCUGUCCAUGGCUUGGGUCUAGUUCACCCUAGAAAAGUUUUCAACUUCUAUAAUGAGCUUCACGCUUACCUUGCUUCAUGUGGAGUUGAUGGAGUUAAAGUUGAUGUUCAAAAUAUAAUUGAAACACUCGGGGCUGGAUAUGGUGGGAGAGUUUCCAUUACUAGAAGUUAUGUUCAGGCUCUUGAAGCUUCGAUUGCAAAGAAUUUUGAAGAUAAUGGAUGUAUUGCGUGUAUGUGUCAUAAUACCGAUGGGCUUUAUAGUGCUAAACAAACCGCAAUUAUCAGAGCCUCGGAUGAUUUCUACCCUCAUGACCCUGCGUCUCACACCAUUCAUAUUUCUUCUGUCGCGUAUAAUACAUUGUUUCUUGGCGAAUUUAUGCAGCCUGAUUGGGACAUGUUCCAUAGUCUUCAUCCGGCUGCUGAUUAUCAUGCUGCUGCUCGAUCUAUUGGUGGAUGUGCCAUCUAUGUUAGUGACAAGCCUGGCAACCACAACUUUGAUCUGUUAAGGAAAUUGGUUCUCCCGGAUGGAUCAGUGCUUCGUGCUCAACUGCCUGGAAGACCCACACUUGACUGUCUUUUUGCUGAUCCGGCUAGAGAUGGAAUAAGCCUGCUUAAGAUUUGGAAUGUGAAUAAGUGCACGGGCGUGGUGGGUGUAUUCAACUGCCAGGGUGCCGGUUGGUGUAAAAUCGAGAAGAAAACUCGAAUCCAUGAUGCAUCUCCCGGCAUUCUUACGGGUUCUGUGCAAUCCGCUGAUGUGGAUGCCCUAACUCAAGUAGCAGGUCCGGAUUGGCAUGGGGAAACCAUCGUGUAUUGUCAAAGAUCAGGGGAGGUAAUUCGGUUACCAAAAGGCGUCUCGUUGCCUGUAACACUCAAGGUUCUUGAAUACGAACUAUUUCAUUUCUGCCCUCUAGAGGAAAUAUCAGAGAACAUUUCAGUAGCACCUAUCGGAUUGCUCGAUAUGUUCAAUAGCAGUGGUGCAGUUGACGAAUUUGAAGUCCAUUUAGCUUCAGAAUCUCGAGUGUUUAGCGACAGUUCCACUCCUUUAAGUGAAACGCGACCAGUGACUGCCACGGUGUCGCUUAAAGUGCGAGGAUGUGGCCGAUUCGGAGCCUACUCAUCUCAACUGCCUCUCAGGUGCAGUGUGGAUGGGUUGAACACGGAGUUCAGUUAUGACCAUGAAACUGGAUUAUUAACAUUUGUGAUUCCUGUGCCUCAAGAGGAGAUGUAUAAGUGGUGUAUCCAGAUUGAAGUUUAGUGACCAUUUAUAUUGUUAUGAUGGGUGACAUUGUUGUAAUAAAGGAGUUAUUAGUUGAAUACCGAUGAAGG